GAUAGCACACUGCUGUCUUCAGUUGUUUCUGUAACGACAGAAAGUGCACUCACUUGGAGUAGUCUGAAUUCAAAAUGCUGAAGAGAAAACCAUCCAACGUUUCAGAGAAGGAGAAACAUCAAAAGCCAAAGCGCAGCAGCAGCUUCGGGAGCUUUGAUCGUUUUCGGAAUAAUUCUGUAUCAAAACCAGAUGAUUCUACUGAGGUGCAUGAUGGGGAGCCUAUAAAUGAAAGUGGAGAAAAAAAUAAAAAUCCAAAUCAUGGAGGAGGUUUAGGCAAAAAAAUGAGAGGCAUUUCCUGGACAAUGAAGAAAAAAGUGGGUAAAAAGUACAUCAAAGCCCUUUCUGAGGAAAAGGAUGAGGACGAUGGAGAGGGUGCCCUCCCGUGUCGGAACAGUGACCCCGUUAUUGGGAUUCACACAGAGAAGCUCUCCCUCAAAGCCAGCGAUUCCAUGGAUAGUCUCUACAGUGGGUGGAGCUCAUCAAGUGGAAUCACAAGCUGUUCAGAUGGCACAAGUAACCGGGACAGCUUUCGACUCGAUGAUGAGGGCCCCUACUCUGGAACAUUCUGUGGCCGUGCCAGAGUGCAUACCGACUUCACGCCAAGCCCCUAUGACACUGACUCCCUCAAAAUAAAGAAAGGUGACAUCAUAGACAUCAUCUGCAAAACACCAAUGGGGAUGUGGACAGGAAUGUUAAACAAUAAGGUGGGAAACUUCAAAUUUAUUUAUGUGGAUGUCAUCUCAGAAGAGGAAUCAGCCCCCAGGAAAAUAAAGACACGCCGAAGCAGUGGAAGAGAAAAAUCCAAGACCCUGCAGGAAUUCUUAGAGAGGAUUCACCUUCAGGAAUACUCAUCAACACUUUUGCUCAAUGGUUAUGAGACCCUAGAAGAUUUAAAGGAUAUAAAAGAGAGUCAUCUCAUUGAAUUAAACAUUAAAAACCCAGAAGACAGGAAGAGGUUACUAUCAGCUGCUGAAAAUCUCCUUGAUGAAGAAAAAAUAAAGAAGAAUGACUUCUAUUUGUUGAUAAGAUGUUGAGUUCUGAUGAUUCGGCACCAUGCUGCUAUAUGCUUAUUUUUAUCUAUUCUCUACUCUGUGAAUCAUAUCUCCUACAACCAUGCUAAAGAUUAAAUGCACAACCUUCAUGUACCUUCAGGGAUAAAGACCUUGAAUAUAUGCUUUUAAUAAAACUAAGACAAAUACAUGCCACAGGUUAAAAUAGUUAGUUUUUUGUAUGUGUGUGGAAGAUUGGGGUAUGCAAAUUGCCAGGAUUUUAUGUAUGUAUUUUAUUCUGAUCAUUGAAUAAUGUCAGUUUGGGAACGUCAAUAAACUUAGUUUAGAGCUUCAUUCUUUCUUAGGUUGGGAAUUGGAAUGUUUUGCUUUGCUAACCAUUCAAUGUAAAAACUGAGCAGAGUGGGCACCUGUUUUGAGGACAAGAAUAAAAACUUUGCGAUAAUGUAGAAAGACCACAGUCCCAUGUGAGCCUUUACAUAUCUAGAGAAACCAAGAGAAUGGGGGUUGGGGCAGGAACAAAAGCAGAAAACUAACACUUAAAGCAAGCACUUUUCCUUUUUUCUUUAGGCCAAAAGAGAUAGCAUUGUACCCUCUUUGACUUUGAAGAUGUAAACAAAAUUAAACUUUGUAGAUUACUGCUUGACAGGAGGUAGAGCUGCUUCUCCAUCAGGCUGAUGGAAGGGCUGGCAAGUGGUGCUAGAGCUGAUCACAGGGUUACCUCUGGAGGAGAACAAUUUGGGGCUCUGCAGUCCCGGCAAGGCUGGCACAGGGAUAUUCUGAACUCACUCCUGUGCUGCAUUAGAACUGAGCAGAUCAGGCCACGGGCUCUCAGCUGGGAAUCUAGAUCAGGUUAGAAGGAGAAGAAAAAUCGGGGUGAGACGGCUCUUAAAGGAGCAAAAGAGCAGAAUCUGUUUAUUUUGUGCACAUUAGGGUUUCUCUAUUCAUCAUCUGAAUUUUAAAAUGGUCUGUUCACUUAGAAUAAAUAUUCCCAGCAAGAAAAAAAGAGUAGAGAAUAUAUGUGUGUGUUUGUGUGUGCAUUGUUCCCUAAACACAACCUUCAAGAACCCUUUCCCUUGCUGAGAAAUGUCUCUUUAGAAUAAGUUAAUUGUUGUUAAUAGUAAAUAUUUUCUCUUUAUUCUGAACUUAUUCUUUUCCCACAUUUAGAAACACUUUGAUGUGUCUUAAAAGUGUGUCUAUGAGAAUGUGUACUGUUGUCCUGGGGGAAAAUGGGUGAUGGAAAUAUCUUGUCUUCCCUUUAGCACAGGGAUAAUUAAAUUUUAAAAUAAACAACAACAACAACUUAGUAACUGAAUAAACAAACUGUAUCAGAAUCUGUGUAUAUUGUAGAUACCUGCAAACUUUAUUUGUAGUGCUCAGUGAGGAGGAAGGGGGAAGGGUGGAUUGUGUGACAAGCUGUUGGCACCAGCUGUGGUCACAGCAGCCCUCAUUGCUCAACUAUCCCCAGUUGUGCCUUCCUGUCUGCCUACCUGCCCAAAAUGAUGCAGGGCAAAUGGCAAGGCCCAGCCAGGAGCCUGGAACAUGAGCUGCCAGCAGGGGAGACUUGUAGUUAUGCCAAGGAGCAGUCCAGCAGUUGGCCUGAUAGCGUGCCAGGGCAGGCUGGUGCUCUAGCCCCUGACAUGUGUACCUGGUGUUCCCAACCCUCUUGCCAUAUGAUUUCAAUCUAGAGUCAAGACACAUACAUACAACUUUAAAAAAAAGAUAUGCUAACCAUCCAUAUAUACAGAGUAGAGGAGACAUGUAGGCAUUUUCCUAUCCUGUGUUUAUAAAUAUGCCUUUCAUAUUUGUUUCUAGUCAUAGCUAUUUGGCCUUAUAUUAAUUUUGACCAUUUCAUUUCUUCAGAUUUGGGGAGGGGGUUUAUUCCUAAGAUUUAAUUUAUAAUUUAUAAUAGAUGCCAUGUUUUAUGUAACACAAUAAACACAAAUCAGUCAAAUGAAAUGUAAACAUUUAUACUCUUCUACCAGAGAGCAAUUCUGAGAGAAGGGAGUUCAUCGGAUUUCAUGUCAGUCACCUAGGAAACCUGUACUGCCUGUGCGUGCAGGGCACCCCUGUCCUUGUUAGACUGCACUGUGAUUGUGUGCUGGGCAUGGCUUUGUGGUAAUUACCCUGGCCAAACAAGGCUGAAUCCUCUGUUACCAUGUGCCUUCCCGAUGUCCCCAAUUCUGUGCUUGCAUUAAGAGGAUUGUUAACAAUGCCUGUAGAAUUAAUAAAUGUUGAGUGCAGGAGUAAAGAGAUUUUCAAAUAGUAAGCAAGACUUUUUUUGGUUAAAAUACUUAAAGUCCCCCACAACCCCACAACAUACAUAAAAGUUUUUGUAACAGGCAGGCAAGAGUUGGUGUGCAUUGUCAAGAUUUGUUUUAUGCAUGUGUUAACCAUGUGUGCAUGUGUCCAUGAUAAAAUGUAAAUGAGUACUUUCUAGAGGGCAAUAAUGUAAAACCUAUCAAAGUUUAAAACGUGCAUACUUUUAUUUUAUACCCAGGAAUUCAGUUCUAGGAGUUUGUUUGGUUAAUUUAACUUCAUCAUACAAAUACAUAAAAUACUAAUUAAAUUACUAGUAGUUUUAGUUUAAAACUAAAAUAAACUUCCAUCAUUAAUUCUUU